UCCAAAGCCAAAUAUACUGUCCAACACUGUCCAAAACUUUGCGCACGUGUGAAUAAUGUGAAUAUUUGGGAGCGUGUACUUCGAAAAUGCCGUUCUUCCCAGCGUUAAAACGUCAUAUAGACGUGUACGCUGGAGAUUUUGAACAUUCAAAGAGACAACAUUGGGAAGAGACGAUACGAGCAAAUUGUUUUAUUCAUGCGGUGCAACUAAUCGUUCCUGGAGCCUACAGUCUUCCAGAUGGAAUGCGGAAAGUUUUGUCUGCUCAUGAAUACCAAAUUGUCAGAAGUUUACCGGCGAAAGAAUUGAUCGACUAUCACUUCAUCGAAGCAUUUGUCAAGAAAGGAAGCAUUGUCUUGUUGUCUGUCGGUUCCAGCGUUGCGUACGGCGAAUGUGUUGCCAUAACGCCCGACGGGCAGCUGCAUUUGUCAACGCAGGAAGAAACCUUCCAGUCACUAGGCAUAGCUGGAUCCCUUUCUUCAGAGAGUAGCAAGACACACAGGAUAUACUCAUCAACCGUCGACCUGCUCCGGGAAUGCUUUCGUCCCGGUAAGAAAAACUACGACGCCGUACAGCAGGCUCUGUGUCGUUCCUCGAAGCUGGUAUUUGACGUCGCCGUUCUCUGGAAGCCGCCGUACGACGAGGUCUCGCCCCUCUCCGUGGGGGCCUACUUCUCCAGGAAAGGGUACCGUGUGGACUCGUGUACCCCCGCGUACACCUUCACCCAACUGUUCUCUGCCCUCGUUCCGAAAAUUUCUGGCGCGGACGAGUUGGUCGAACUGAACGAAUGGCUCGGCGCCAUUGUCUGCGGUGUGCCUGGCGCGUCAGCUAAGGUGAAAGACGAGUUUCUCAGCACGUACAGGUGUCCGGAACCUUCUGAAAAAGUGGGUCAAGUAUUUGUUGGCCAGUGGCAAGGCUUUUUCACAUCUGACCAAGUGCUGCAAGUCUUUCAGGAGCUAAGGAAUCACCUCAAGUCCGAGGGGGUCCGGUUCUGCGGAAUGAUAGUGCACAGUUACGAGGAAGAUCCAACGUCACCUUUGAAAAAACAUCACUCCAAGAUGACAUCCAGGAGCCGAGAGUGUACCUACGUUGCUCUAGCGGACAAUAAAUACAUCGUGUUCCGCUCUUCGGCAGUGUAGAGCACGUCGGUCGCGUACUACGUCUGUCUCCAUCCUCUCUAUUGAGACAAGGUAUCGACAGGAAAGCCCCGAGAAGAACGUUGACGGACAGGUCGCAAAAAACGGCCUCGUGGAAGCCCUUUCUGUUUAGCCUCUGGAACGCCGUUGUGUCAUGGAGGAAAGCUUCGAAGUGCUCAAAACGAAUUUUGUCGUUUACGGUUGUAUCGAAUGUUGGAAAGAGGAAAGGGCUGCUGUUCAACAAAAUAGUUCCAAGGUACGUC